CUGUCACUUGACCGCGCUUAGCGAGAGAGCAGCAAGAGGUUGUCCCUGUUCGCCGCACGUGUUUGUGUUGUCGUUCGUUGAGCCGACAACAACAACUACCGCCACCACCACCGACAACCACCUCUUGUUAACAUCACAGCCAUGAAGGCCGUGAGUCCCGUCCGCUCCGUGCACCGUCAGUCGGCCGAAGCCGCCGCCGCCGUCCAUCGGCUGGCCGAGGAGCGUCUGCUGUACGACAUGAAGGGCUGCUACAGCCGGCUCAGUCAGCUGGUGCCCACGCUGGCGACCACGGGGCGCAAGGCGAGUCGCAUGGAGAUCCUGCAGCACGUGAUCGACUACAUCCUGGACCUCCAGGUGGCACUGGACGAGGGCCCUGUGGAGGAGGGAGCGCCGGGUGACGCACAGCAGGUGUGCGCAGACAUGGCAAGCUUGACCGGAAACAACGAAACUCUCUGCUGCUGAGAUUCGCGAGAUUUUGCAUUCCUUCUCUCGUCCUCCCCCUUGGAACGAGCGGGGGGGGGGCGUGCGCCGACUUGGGAGAAAAAAGGAAGUUUGACUCCACGUCCCCAAGAAGAGUCGCCACAAGCACGCGGAGAGUGCCGCAAGCAGACGAAUGUUUCGAAACCAACGGAUCUCAGUCAUUCCUUAGCUUGUUGUUUUUUACACCGCUUUAUAUUUUUAGCAAGUAAUUUAAACAACUAAAAGAAACAAUGUCUAGUGUUUUUUUUUUUAUUCCUUAGCGUUUUAAAACCUAAUGUCGAUUUUCCAAGUUGUGGUUGGUGUUUUGUAAAAUGCAGCUGCUUGGACUUUUACAUUUUCACAAUUUCCGAAAAGAAAAAAAAACAGAACAAUUUUUCAGUGAUGCAGCAUUUCCCCCAAACUCUAGAGCCCGGCCCCACAUGGGCCUGCUGGCAUGCAUGAUAAUGAUGCACACUUCAACAUUUUCGCCAAACAAGUGCAUUAAACACAUUUGCACACCGUCUGGACCUGGUGAAAAUGUAAACGGGAGCAAUUGGAGUUGGGGACUAAUGGUUUUGUUUGCUGUUAAAAGUUGUAUAGGUUUGGCGAUUGCUGCAAGUGCAGUACUGAGAGACACUUUACUGACGGGAGAGGAAGUUAGUUGCCGUACGUACGCACGUACACUCAACAAGGCAGUGCUGCACAACUGUUAGAGGGUAUUUCGUGGACCAAUGUCUUAACAGUGCUUGUUUGCGGCUCAAAAGUCCUGAGCCUCUUACCACCACCAAUGUGGCAGCUUCAGAUCGGUUCAACACCUGUUUAAGAGGUGUGGGGUACAGCUGCAAUCGAGCACUGUUUUGUAAAAAAAAAAGAUUGCUGGCAGUUUGCGUUAACAACUGUGGCUGCUUGUGUGUAAUAUGUAUAUAAUAUAUAAAGUUUAUAUUUUUUGUUAGACCAAUGGCAAUGCAAAGUGCGUGCGUGUUUGGGUCAAUUUCUGCGAGAGUGGCCGAGGCUGUGAAAAAACGGGGGGGGGGGAAUUGUGUACAGAGUAAAAUUUUGUCAGCAGAAAAGUACAAAAAAUGUUCCGGACUUGGCUGCACGCAAGUUCGCUUGUAAAUUUGUUAUUUCUGUUCUCUCUUUAUGACACGUUUUUUUUUACCUUUUGAUGCAACACUUUGAUUAUCGUAUCCUGUAUCAGGCGACGUGUAUAAAUCAUUACUGACCAUGAUGAUGGACCGUGUAUAAUGUUGCUUUGACAAAACUCGCCUUGUUGGAAAAACAUUGUUUUAACACUCGCCUAUACCUUUUAUGUAUAUGGCACGCCUUGUUGAAAAAUAUUUUAUAUUAAAAUGUACCAUUUUUUCCUAAA